AUGUCUUCUGCAAUGUUGGUCCUCCUGAUCACUCUCGGUGUCCUACAACUCGGGAUAGGAACUUCUUUGAACAGUUGCAUUCUGGUAUUCAGCUUCAAAAACCUAAAGAACGGGCUCAGUGUCCAUCUGACCAAUCUGAUCUACUCUGUCAAGGGGCUGGUGAACAUCUUCUUGCUGUUGGUCCUGACCGCAGAAAACGUACUUCAUAUACUUUGGCCCAAUGUAUUGUUGAUCAGGGAAGCACAUUUAAUGAUGACCUUUCUAAAGCUGAGCCCGAUUUAUUACAACUAUUGGCUCACCUGCUGGCUCUGUGCUCACUAUUGUCUCAGCAUCUCCAACUUCACUCAUAAGCUCUUGGUUGGGUUUAAAGCAGUCCUCUCGUCUUUCCUGCCUCAGGUUCUUCUAUUAUCAGCAAUCCUCUCAUUUGUUAUGAGUGUUCUGUCUCUCUGGGAAAAUCACACUUUAUCCCACCCUUCUACAAACAGUACCCAGGAUGCCCCAUCCAUCUCUGCCGUCUUCCUUAUGCCCAAAGCAUGCAUAGUGGUGGCCAAGAUUCUGGGCUGUUGUCUGCCCUUGAAUCUCGCUCUGGUCUCCACUGGAGUCACAACGUCAUCCCUUAUAAGACAUAUGAAGAAAAUGAAACAGAACUUCUCUGGAAAUAAAGGUCCCAACCUCCAAGUCCUGAUCAACACAACGAGAACAAUGAUCAUGUUUCUCACUCUCUCUGUCAUCUCUUUUUUUCUUGGAAUCUUCUUUCUCUCGGAAAUCUCUUUAUACGACACGAUGAUCGUCAUCCUUCUCUUAAUCAUGCCUUUUCCUUUACUUGAAGCUGCUAUCAUCAUCCAGGCCGUUCCUAAACUGAGGAAGAUGAUAGUGGGAACGGUCUGCUCUGGGACAAGGUGGCUCAUCGAGAGUGAAAACUCCACCUAG